AUGCCCUGGCAAGAUAUCAAGCUCAACGACGGACGAGAGAUACCAGGUAUCUCAUUCGGAUCAUCGAGGCAUUCCGGAGAUACAGUCUCAACGGUGGACGAAGCGAUCCACGCCGGAUUUGAUAGCAUCGAUACCGCUCAGAUCUAUAGAUCAGAAGCAGCGGUAGGUCAAGCGAUCAAACAAUCUGGUCUAUCUCGGGAUGAAAUCUGGAUCACCACCAAAUGGUCAGGUCUGAAGACCGCCAAAGAAUCGAUCCAAGAUAGUUUACAGGCGUUAGGUGUGGAUUAUGUGGAUCUUUAUUUGAUCCAUUUCCCUGCUGUCACCAAAGGCGAUAUACCUGGGUCAUGGAAACAUCUGGAGGAGUUUAAGAAGUUGGGUCAUGCGAAGAGUAUCGGUGUAUCCAACUUUGAGAUCUCGCACCUCAAAGAGCUCCUCUCCCAUGCACAUAUCAAACCAUCAGUCAAUCAAAUACCUUUUCACCCUGAUAUCUUAGCUAAACAAGAAGCUUUGGUUCAGUACCUCAAAGAGCACAACAUAGCCAUCGAGGGCUAUUCACCACUUGCACCAUUGUGGAACGACGAUAAAAAAUCUCCUGUACUGAAAGUGGUCAAAGAUAUAGCUGAGAAGAGGAAUGUACCCGAAGAGAGAGUCUUAUUGGCUUGGUCCAGAUCUAAGGGUGUCAUUCCUGUCACAGCAUCUUCUACCAAAUCACGAAUUGAAAGCUUCAUUGCUGCUAGUGAUCUCAAUCUCACCGAGGAAGAAGUAGAAGCGAUCGACAAAGCAGGAUACAAGUCCGCUAGAAAUGCUGAAAUCAGGAGAAAGGUUGUCAACGGUAUCAAGUGGGUGACAGCGGCUGGGUUGCUCACAUAUCUUGCAGUCAGCCGAUUGACUUAG